CUAGGUAACUUAUUUUUAAAACUCAAAGUUAUAUUUUUUAAAGUUUAAAAUUUGUAAAACUACAUUUUCAACCCUAAUUAUCUCAUCACUAAUUAAAAAAAAUAUGGCUUGCACUAGUCAUAGUAAAACUUGUCACCAAUUUUAAUUCCAAACAAUUUUUUUCGUCAUCUUAAGCAUAAGCUGCGUCUCAAAAUUCGUAUCUGUCUGGUUAUGUGGGUAUUCGGCCACCGCAACUGAGAUCAAGAGAUGUCAGGGCGUGAAUGCUGUGAGAAUCCACCGGCUUUGAGCUCAAGUAGCGGAAAUGGGUGUGUGUUAAAAGUUGGAAGCUUCAACGCAUAUGUUUCUGGUCCUUCCACUUCCAAACUCGCCAUCCUCCUUGUCUCCGACGUUUAUGGUUAUGAAGCCCCAAAUCUGAGGUACAUGCUGUUUCUCAACUUCAGCCUGAAGCUUGCUGACAAAGUUGCAGCUGCAGGAUACUAUGUGGUGGUUCCUGAUUUUUUUUGUGGUGAUCCUUAUACGAUCGAGAAAAGUUUAUCAAUCUGGAUACAAUCACAUGGAACAGCUAAAGGAUUUGAAGAUGCAAAACAGAUUGUUGCAGUUCUCAAAGAUAAAGGUAUAUCUGCAAUUGGAGCUGCAGGGUUUUGCUGGGGUGCAAAGGUGGUUACUGAGCUAGCUAAGUCUGACUACAUUCAAGCUGCAGUGCUAUUGCACCCAUCGUUAGUGAAAGUUGAUGAUUUUAAAGAGGUUAAGGCACCAAUAGCUAUUUUAGCUGCUGAGAUAGAUAAAAUCUCCCCUCCAGAGCUUAUUAUCCAGUUUGAGGAGGUUUUAUCAUCAAAACCUGAGGUGGACAAAUUUGUCAAAAUUUUUCCUGGUGUUAAGCAUGGAUGGACAGUGAGAUACAAUGUUGAAAACAAAGAGGCUGUGCAGCAUGCUGAAGAAGCCCACCGGGACAUGUUGGAUUGGCUUACCAAGUAUUUCAAGUACAGUCAGAAGGGAAGUGGACUUUGCAGUGUCCGAGGUCCCCAUUCCUCUAUGUGACUUGACUAUUCUUAGAUGAAACAUGCAAACAACUACAAUGAUUUUGCACUUUUCUUCUUCAGUAUUCCAUACACUGUCAGCAUAGCGAAUAGAAAGAAUAUAAAUGAAGGUGCAUAUGCAGGAAGGGCCCCCCAUACACUGUCAGCAUAGUGAUUCUACUUUAGACUUAUUUUUGGCUCCAUAAACGAGGCAUAAGAUGUCCAGUUUAAUUCUGCUAAAUCCAUGUACCAUCACCAAGUUGUCGGAAAUGUACUUCCCAACUUGUUGAUUGGCCUUAAAAUGGUUCUUAAGCUGUGAGUAUAGCCUGGACAAAACAUUCAGAAACUUGUUGAUAAGUCAAAUAGCCAGGAACAAUGGCGGAGCUACCCUUGUCCAAGUGGAGUCAAUUGACACUCCACCGGAAUAUUACACGGUGUAGAAUAUUUUCCUUUUUUAGAUAUACAUUUUCUUGACUUCAUUUGUUGUUUUUUUUAAUUUUAAAUCCCCUUAGCGAAAAUCGUGACUCUAUUGUUGGGAAGGAACAAGUGAAGUCACCAUAACUUGAUGAAAUCAACUUGAGCAGAAGCUUACAAGUGCAAGGAUAUUUCAGGUGCUAGUUCUCCGCCUGGAAAACCGAAGUACUGCAUAUCUUGAGAAAGCAAAAGUAGAUUUUGUCAGGUAUUUAAUACGAAAAAUGAUACACAAAAGUGGAAAAGGAGCUUAAACUGGUAGAAAUUGAGCCCCUGCACUUGCAGAGAUGAGUUCGCUUUUGAAGACUGAACUCGCAGUCAAAGGUCACUUAAGCUACCAUGUGGGGUUCACUUUUGCGAACAGGCCAAAAUUGGCGAAAUUCGCUUAAGUGAUGGGAAUAUCGCUUUUGCGAAGCCCCCUCAGUAGGUCAAAGGGCAGAAAUGGAAUUUCUCAGAAUUAGACCCAAAUUCACACAAAAGGGCUGCAGAUAAACAUUUUUCAUGAUCCGAAAAAUCUAGAGAGAGAAUGUUGUAUAGAGAAAAACUCAUCGUUUUAUCUUAGAGUACAUUUCUUGUUGCUCUUAAUUUUGGGUUGAGACUGAAGGCAAAUUGCCUCAUAAUUCAUCCUUUGGUUUGAAGAUAGUGUUUCUUUCCCUUGCGUUGUAUUACAUGAAUUGUGGGUGUAAUUGUUAAGUGAGGUUGGGGUUUUGUGCAGAAAUAGGCAAAUCCUUUGGCUCUUUGAUUCCUCA